CAUGUUGGGAGGUAUGAACUUGGGGCUCCCUCUAGCUGGCCAGGCAUAUGUGGAUUUAUAAUUCCAUCAUGAGAGCUGGAGAGUCGCAGGUUGCGGCCCUCAGUAUUCCUAAUGCACCUAAACAUUUUGGAAUCUUAUUACUUCCUCAUCCAGGUGGCUAUUCCCCAUUUUCACCAACUAAUACCAAAAUAUUGGGACGUUCAGCCUGAAUGCUAUUCUCGAGUCUGACUUGAGGAUCUGACUGCUAAGAGUUCAUUAGAAAGUGUAAUGCGUUAGAGAAGAAGUUAACAGGUGACUGAUUGGAUUUCAGCGCUCUACUGGGAAUCUCAUCAGCAGGAUUGGUAAAGGGAGCGGUGUUUGUGUAACUCAUCCUGCUGACUGCGUAACCCCUCUCUCUGUACUGCAUACUCAGGCCAUCCAAGCUGCUGUUCCUGCAACAGACAAACUCUCCUGUAUAGACUCUGCGUGCCUGGUCAUAACAGACAGUGCAUGUAAUCAGCAGCAUUAAGCGGAUUAAGGGCUAAAGCUUUUGUCACUUAAAGUUCACAUCAAGUCCAGCUCUGGGUAAGAACAGUUUGUUUGUCAGGAUGACAGGGAGCUGACACGACAUCAGCUUCUGGCUGACGAAUCGCUGCAGUGUCAGGACAAUAAUGGGUCCUUACGGAAUGGAUCGAACUGUUUAUUGUAUGGAAUUCAGUGACUGCGCCAACGGAUUGGGGAUUAAGGUAAUUGGAGGAUUACGUGAGUUCAGUAGAGAGGAAUAUGGGGUGUAUGUGAAAAGGAUCCUCCCUGGUGGUGUGGCCUAUUCUGAUGGACGGCUGCAGCCUGGAGAUCAGAUUCUAGAGGUGAAUGGAGACAGUUUGCUGAGAGUGUCCAAUGACAGAGCGGUCGACAUUUUGCGUACAGCAUCUGCAACCAGCUACAUGCGACUCCUUAUUGCCCGUGAUGAUGAAGCCAGGAAGGAGUUCUCAGAACUGCUGGAGAAAUGCAGCCUGCACAGUGACUCUGAGUCUUCCCGGAGUUCUCCCAUCAUGCACAGCAGCCGAUACCUGGAAAGUACCUCUUCUGAGUCCUCAUCGCGCUCCCAGAGUCCUUUACUACUAAGUCCUGCCAGCUCCCAUAGCCAGUUUGGGGGGAGUGCUGGUGUUUCCCCAUAUUAUACUACAAGUGACUCAACUAUCCAGAAUAUUUCCAUACUUAAGUCUACUGGCCUGGGACUGGCGAUCACUGGUGGUUCCAAUCGUCAGGAAGGGCCGAUGGUCUAUGUACAAGAGGUGUUACUGGACGGAGAUAGCUACAGGGAUGGGCGAUUACGAGUGGGAGAUCAGCUGGUCUCUGUCAACAAAGACUCGCUGAUUGGAGUCACCAAUGAGGAAGCCAAACGGAUUCUGACCAGAUCCAGGUUUAGACAGGACAGCUGCACAGAUGUGUCCUUUAUCCCAAACACAGGGCGUAUUCCAGGUGUCUCCAGCGCCAAUAGCUCUAGUUCCUUGCAGCACAGGAUGCUGGGAAACGGUCUGGGCUCCUGCAGACUUAAAGUCCAAGUCCGAUCUCCAGAGUGCCGACAUGAAAAUAAUGUGCCUUCUCCAUCUCUCGACAUCUGCCCCCCUGAACUUACCAUCUCAGCUCCAGGAUCCCCACUCAAUCACAGAACAUUGGCAGGGAACAAACAGAAGGUCACGUUAGAUCCUCAUGUCCGGCUCAAAAAGGACAAACUGGACUUGAUCCUGAAGGUCCUUAGGCUGGAUGUCUCGGAUGAGAAGAAGAGAGAACUUCAUCAGGAACUAAUCACAGACUGUCAGGGGACAGUAGCGUAUGGAGAUUUCCUGCAGGUCCUACGUGACUGUCUACAGGACGAGUUAGAGGAGUCCAGCCUAGAUUGCAGCUCGGUACUCUUCACACAUUAUGAAGUGGCCAAUUUACUCGACACAUCUGCAUUCUAUUCCCCCGUCACUAAGCAGGAGAUGGACGUUCCUCGAUUCUCUGAUGGCUUAGAGCUGGAGCAGCUGCAGGACGAGGUGUCUGAAUUGAGGCAGGAGAUUCAGCGGCUGAAGGUUCUUCUGAGAGAAACAGAAACUAGUAGGAAGGUAACUGAAGAGGAACUUCAUUCUCUAAACCAGAAAGUGCUGGGACUCCUGUCAGAGAACCGAUGUCUCCAGAACAAAUUGCAGGUGGCGCUAGUGGCCCAGCGACAGUCGCACAGUGCAGAGCAUGACUAUGAGGAGGUCAUUAACCUUCUAGAAACAGAAAUCAUGGAGCUUCAGAACCAGAUGACGGGGAAGAAGAAGCUAAUGGCGUUAGAAGUCCAUGAGGGUUUGGAUCUAAACAGACGGUUGUCUCUGUCAGACUGCCAGCUCCGCAAAUCUGAAGUGACUCGCAAACACCUGGAGGUUUCCAAUAAGAAACUACUCAGCUUUGUGCAGAAAAUCCAGAAAUUAUUAACCACUUCACUCCAGCUGUCUGACGAUAAGCGCGCUGAGGACCUGGAGGACAGUUACAAUGAGAACGCGCUGAACGUGUGCCUGCCCUCUGCGCAGCUGCUGGCUACAGAAGUCAGUGACAUUCUAGAGUCAUGUACUGCCUGUCCGUUCUCCUAUGGCGAUUUCCACAGGCACAACAGAGGGUCAUGCCAAGCAGGAUCCUCCAGCGAGAACGUGAGCUGGCCCUCACCGCCGUCCCCGAUUUCAACACACAGCCUGAGCCACAGUGAAGAGCAACUGUACCCGGCCAAAGCGUCAAAGGACAGGCCUAAGUAGGAGAGCCCUGGCUGGGACAGUGUGGCACAACGGCAUGGACGUAUGAGAGGGGCGAGGAGAUGGUCGCUGGAGGGAUACUUACAGUUAUGUUUCCCAAAGCGGGUCCCUGUAAAGGAACGGAGAGAUUGUGAACUCGACAAAACUGCUGCUCUAUUGCUUACAGCGCAGGACAAACGUAUAACUACUUCUUCCAAUGAGUGAGAUAAACCAGGAAAAGACUUGUGUUAUUACACAGAAUGCAAUGACGCAGAAAGACGCAGUAAUAUCACUGAAGGCCGUCAUUUUAUUCUCAUCCUUCUUAGCUUGUUUCAUACUAGUUUCUAAUCACAGGAAAAGCUGUUCACACCAGGAUCAGUGACAUCAUCUACUAGCACAAGAGACGGGUCACGUCUCACAGAUCGCGGUCAUGUCUCAGGACAAAUUAUUCUGUGACGCUGUACACUGUAACCCUGCCAUGCCUGGGGGGUUCUCAACCUUGCAUGACUGGACCAGUCUUUCGCAUUUUCGUUUUAAAUCGAGAAUAAACUUUUUUAUUACUUGAA